AACCCAUUUCAAGUUGCGACUGCCACGAUGCUCAGCUCCCGCCCAAUAGGGAUCGCAUUUGAGGGCGACUACCGCCAGCUGACGAAGACACCAGGCAAUAGAAUGCUGAAAUCACGAAGUGCACUCCAGGAAAAUGUCGGCCGCUACGUACCCGUCACAGUCGACGGGAAAGCCACGGCGAAGAAAGCUGCAUUACAACAAACGUCGCUUCACCCAAAUACCUUGCAGCCACAGAAGAUCCUGAAGGAUCAUGAUGGAACAAUCAAAUUCAAGGGAAAGGAACCAGUCAUACUCGCACCCUCUCGGCCUCUUGGGGACAAAACGCCCUUUCCAAACCGCAUUGCCAACCAUGCCACACCAUUGCAAAUGACAAAACCAAUGUUUGUCACGCCCGGUGCACUUCUUCGCCCAAGUUCCGCACGAAAACAUGUUAGACUUCCCCGCAGCGCCAGCAAGAGCUUUCAAACACCAGUCACUGGUGGAAACCACUGGGAUGUUAGUGACAUAGACAUAAAUCCAGAGGUUACAGCGGCGCCCAGUCAAUCGAUUGAAGAAGACGAUUACGAUGAAAUUGAGUACAUGCCCCCAAAGUUACCUGAAAUGCCAUACGAACCUCCGUUCGAACUUCCGAAUUACAAAGAAGUCGGGAGAACACUACUCGCUCUCACUCAUUCCUACCCAAUCGACGAUAUGCCGCCGGAUGCUAUGACAUUCACGGAGUUCACGGCAGCUGAAUCUGACGACAAGUUCUUUGCCUCGAGCGAUUUAUCUCUUCCCCAUCUCGAUGAUGAUAGCCCAUUCUCCAGGACCAAUCCUGCACCUAAGCCUGAGCCCGAGGUGACUCGAGCUCCUCCGUCAUCGAAGAACACUACUCGUCCGACCCAAACUACAACUCGUCCGUUGAGAACUAUUCGGGCUGCAUCCACAGUAGCCCAUUCGACUCCGGCUGAUACCUCGCGUCUGAGAUCUGGCCCGCAAGCUGUUUCUCGUACUGCCGCUACACGUGUAGGCAUGACAACUUCGAAACCAGCAACCCGUGCAGCAUCCAGUGCCGCAGUCGUGAGGGGGCACCCGUCUAGAACGCCUUCAACGCGUGCGCCUUCGACAACUGUAUCUCGAGCACCAUCUACCACCGCGACGACGAGGACGCGUCCUGCAAGUACAUUACCCACUGGUAUUAAACACCAAGCAGGUCCAGCGAGUGGAAAAUUUGGAACACAGCCUAAGGCAAGCACAAAUAUGAAGAGUGGAAUGUCGACGAAGAAGACAGCUCAAGGAAUCGGGAUUGUUUUCGGAGAUAGCUGGCAGGAAGAGGAAUUUAGGUUUAGCGUCUAGGUUUGUGGAUCUUAAGUUAUAUUCUGUAAACUAUAUUGCUGUCUACAUGGUAAAAUGACCUCGAAAUCAGCACCUGU